GUCAGUCGUUGUUCUCCACUCAGCAGGUUAACAACCAGGUUGGAUACCCAUCAACAUGGACUUUUACUACAUGCCAGGUGGCGGAGGAUGCCGCACCGUGAUCAUGGUGGCCAAGGCUCUCGGCCUGGAGCUGAACAAGAAGCUACUGAACACCAUGGAGGGUGAACAAUUGAAGCCGGAGUUCGUCAAGCUCAAUCCCCAACACACCAUUCCCACGCUGGUGGACAACGGAUUCUCCAUCUGGGAGUCCCGGGCCAUCGCCGUCUAUCUGGUGGAGAAGUACGGCAAGGAUGAGUAUCUGUUGCCCAAGGAUCCCAAGAAGCGUGCCGUGAUCAACCAGCGUCUGUACUUCGAUAUGGGAACACUGUACGAAAGCUUUGCCAAGUAUUACUAUCCAAUUUUCCGCACUGGAAAGCCCGGAUCGGAUGAGGAUUUGAAGAGAAUCGAAACCGCCUUCGGAUUCCUCGACACCUUCCUGGAGGGCCAGGAGUAUGUGGCUGGCGACCAGCUCACCGUGGCGGACAUUGCCAUUCUGUCCACUGUCUCCACGUUCGAAGUCAGUGAGUUCGACUUCAGCAAGUACUCCAAUGUCUCCAGAUGGUACGACAAUGCCAAGAAGGUGACUCCAGGAUGGGAUGAGAACUGGGAGGGGCUCAUGGCGAUGAAGGCGUUGUUUGAAGCCCUCGAAUUGAUCGCACCUUCCGACAUGGACCUAUACUAUCUGCCCUUGGUCGGCGCUUGCCGCUCCGUUCUGAUGGUGGGCAAGGCCCUGGGUCUGGAAUUCAACAAGAAGAUAAUCAAUACGCUGGAGGGGGAGCAAAUGAAUCCGGAUUUCAUAAAGAUCAACCCGCAGCACUCGAUUCCCACGCUGGUGGACAAUGGUUUCACCAUUUGGGAAUCGCGUGCCAUUCUCGUUUACCUGGUGGAAAAGUACGGAAAGGAUGACGCGCUGUACCCCAAGGAUAUUCAGAAGCAGGCGGUGAUCAAUCAACGCCUUUACUUCGACAUGGCGUUGAUGUAUCCCACCCUGGCCAACUACUACUACAAAGCAUUAACCAGCGGUCAGUUUGGCAGCGAGGAGGACUACAAAAAGGUUGAGGAGACUUUCGCUUUUCUAAACACAUUCCUGGAGGGUCAGGACUACGUGGCUGGGGACCAGUAUACCGUGGCCGACAUUGCCAUACUCGCCAAUGUCUCCAAUUUCGAUGUUAUGGGAUUCGAUAUCAGCAAGUAUCCGAAUGUGGCCAGAUGGUACGACCAUGUCAAGAAGAUUACCCCUGGAUGGGAAGAAAACUGGGCGGGAGCUCUGGAUGUAAAGAGGAAGGUCGAGGAGAAACGGAAUGCUGCCAAAUAAUUCAUUUAUUAAGAUUUUAUUAUACAUAAAUAUGUUUAUGCUCACAUACCCUUAGUUGCCACAGAUAUUGAAUAAAGUGAGAAGACUGCUUAAAAUCA